AAUGACCGAGCAGAAUUCUUCACAACAACCUAUUAAGAGAACCUAUUGGCGAAUAGAGAAUGAUCAAAAGUUAGAGAGAAGACUACAAGCGGAUUUCGUCCACGUGCCAAAUUAUGGAAUAGCAAUCUACGCUUAUAUUUUACAUCCGGCAAAACGUUUUGAUUGUUUUCAUUUUGCUGAAAGAAAUCGUCUAUAUUUAUGUGAACAUUUAAGGAACAUUGUUGCUGAACAAAGUGGUAUAACGCCCAUGUUUGUUGAUUUAUUUGGUCUGUUUCAUUUGGACUUGAAGACAUUGGUACCUUUAGGUGAAAAAUUACAGUGCGGCAGUGACAUAACUAAUGAAUACGUUUUAAGAAUGGCUUGCAGACCUUUACAACUGGAUUACUUAUUCUCAAGCACCUAUAAAGAUACAGCAGAUACCGGUGCAACUCAGUAUAUUUUCUUGCAAUGUAGAGACGAUUAUAUGGAGGAUAGAGUGAACUUCAACAAUAAAUUGAUAAGAGAUACGGCCAAAAAUUGGGCGACUCUAAUUGCUUCAUGCUUUCCAGAACAGAAAAUUAGAAAUGCCAAAGAUAUUGAUCCAUUAGUCGCACAGCAGAAAUUUGUUACAGAAUUAUUCAGAUUAGCUCCGGAUUAUGGUUGUUACAUAGCAAAAGGCAGGGAAAGUCCAAAUGGCGUUAGUUAUCAAGUUGUUGUUGAUGCUAAUCAUGCGUCAAAUCCUGGUAUUUGUGUUUAUACCAGAUGGCAUAGGACACAAUCUCAUUUACUUCGUUACGUAGGCCCUUUAGAGAGUAUUACGGAUGUAAAUGUUAAGUAUGAGAGUGAUAUGGCAAUGGCAGUUAUGACCAUAUUUACUGACCAAGUUUCGCCUAAUGGAGAAAAGGCUACAAAAUUAUUCUUUGAUGCUGAAUUGAUAGCUUAUGGAUUUGCUGCAGCUAUUUACAUGUAUUACAGAAUGUCUGUGUCAUUUCAUAUUAAAGAAUUAGUCUUUCCCCCAUCAAUCGGCUCUCCGAUGCUUGAUGCAUUAUCAAUGUGGCAUUGCCACGGACCAAUUACAGAAGAGUUUGCUAAAAAGAGAAUGAUACAUGAAAAAUCAAAAGGUUAUUACAUUGUUUUUCAACAUUGUACGAUAUGGUAUAGAUUUCAUCUUCACUUUUGGCACGUUUAUGAGGGUGGUCUUGACAUUCGAAGGGCGGAAAUUCAAUAUGACAGAUGGAAAAAACAAUUCUAUUUAGAUUCUCUUUUCUCAGAAUCGGGAAGAAUGAUACACAUAUCCCGUCAACCAGCCUUUGAUACGUUAGGAAGACUUGUUGAUUCCUACAAGAAACAGCGGCAUCUUUCCCAUUCGGCUUUAAAGGUUAAGAGAAGUAUUAGACCUAUAGAAAGACCAAUCAAAUCUUCCCUUGGUUUAAUUAGUGGUCUUGAAUUGUGUAUGGCACCAUCUCCAUUGCCUUCGUUCAUUAAUCAUCAAGCUUAUCAAAUUCCAAGUGAACUACUAUUGGUAAAAAACUCCCUAGGAAAGGGACUCUAUACAGAAGUUCUAAGGGCUGAAUUAAAGAAAGAACUCUCCGAUCACGUCGCUUUAAAAAGAGUAUUAUUUCCAGAAGAAUCCUCUCUAGAAUCCUCAAAAGAAAUGGAGCAACACUUACAAGCUACCGCAACUGUUAUUCAAAACUGGAAUCAUCCUAAUUUAAUAAGGUUUUACGGUGUUAGCCACAUGUCAAGCUUGUGUAUUGUUAUGGAAUAUUGCCCCUUCGGUAGUCUCAUGACAUUUUUUUCUUAUCGACCAAAACUUUUUUUGGAGCAUCUCGUAGCCAUUUGCUCUCAAAUUCUAUAUGCUUUUCGUUACUUGGACAAAAUGGGAUCUAUACAUGGAAAUAUCCACGCAGGAAAUGUUAUGGUGAGCAAAUAUAAUCGUCAAACUGGUGAUGUUCUUGUCAAGGUAACAGAUCCGGGCGUGGUAACUUAUGCUGAUGAGCAAUCGUUAGUUGAUUCAAGUAAUUUAGGUAGACUACCGUGGUUAGCACCUGAACUUUUUAGCGAGUUAUCGAGUGUCUCGUCAAAAAGUGAUAUGUAUGCUGUUGGUACAACUCUAUGGCAGGUCUUGACAGCCGGAGACCUUCCUAUUUGUGAAGAUUCACCCGACGUCUUAUUAAAACAGUUGAGUAAGAAAAAGUUUCUACCAAUACCUGAGAAUUGUUCAGUGAAUAACGGGACCGCUCCUAUUUAUAUGGAUCUGAUGAGAGGAUGCUGGAAAUUUCGAUCUGAAGAUCGUCUAACGCCAUCUCAAUCUUUAGUUAUAAUGCACAAGGUGUCUGAAAAUUUACAAAGAAGAACAUUUUGCGUGAAAUAUCCAUCAAAUAUUGAAACUACUUCGCCAUCAUUAUUGGGUAUCAAAAAUAAACAUUCACUGGGCUUAGUCUCUAGUAGUGCUAAGAGAAUUAUUCCAACGGACUUAUUUAGAAAUGCUACAGAUAUCGAAUUAGAUAACGACACUGCAUUGGGAGAAGGAUUCUUUUGUCAAGUUUUCAAAGGCUUUUUAAAUGAUCAUGCAAGUAAAAUACCCUGUGCUGUUAAAGUUCUAAAAACUGCAAGAGAAGACGAUUUAGAAGAACUUUUAGAGGAAGUUUCAAUUCUAGCUCAUCUGAGCCACCAAAAUAUUGUGAAAGUUUUAGCUAUGGUUGAUAGUAGACAAACAGCUGACGGCACAGUAAUGCUCGUAAUGGAGUUUAUGGCGGGUGGAAGCUUACUAAGUGAUUUGCAUAGAUUACGUGAUAGCGGGUCGCAUAUGGAUUAUAUUAAAUUAUUGAAGUACUGUUAUCAGAUCUCUUACGGUCUUGAUUAUCUACAUAGAUGUGAUGUUAUUCAUAGAGAUUUGGCAGCUAGAAAUAUUUUAUUGACGGCUGACAAAGAUAUUUGUAAAAUAUCCGACUUUGGUCUGUCAAGAAUAUUAGAUGAGACUGACUAUUACACUUUAUCACACUCACAAAAGUUUCCUAUUCUCUGGACAGCUCCUGAAGCGAUGGAAACUUCGAAAUUUACAAGGAAAAAUGACAUGUGGGCGAUGGGUGUAACAAUGUGGGAAGUGUUUACAUUAGGAGAUAAACCUCGUCAUGGACUAUUACCAGAGCCUCUCGAAAAAGGAGUAAGAAUGAAAACAUUGGUAUUAAGGAAAUUAAAAUCUGGCGAUAGACUUCCAAGACACAGGGGCAAUAUCUCUAUUCCAAAUGACAUAUAUACAUGUAUCAGAGAAUGUUGGCACCUGACACCCCAAUCAAGACCUACGGCUUUGGAAUUGGCUAACAUGAUAAGUGGAUUGUUGGACAGGUAUGAUGAGCCGUAUACGAUGAGGGUGGGACGAAAAACUGGAUCUGUGAUGAUGUAA